UUGCCCCCCGCCUCCUUUCAUUCUAGAAGCAGCUUUUUAGCGCAAGGGUCGUGCACGCCCCCGCUAUUAUUGUUGUUGUUGUUGCCGCUCCUCCCCUGCUUGUCUCCCUGGGUGGGGACUUUCCCAGCUCAAGCCCGCCCUCUUUGCAAAAGCGCCUAUAAGAAGCCCGGGGACGAGCAGCCAAGCAGCAGGCAAAGCAGGCUCGAGGACAGAGUUAAAGGAGGCUGCCACGCGGAGCGGUGUCGUCGCGAUCAGGUCCGACCUCCCUCCCGCCUUCCUGCGUGAACCAAUUCUUGCUGCGCCACUAGAUCCAGCUGCUGCCGCCGCCAUGGCUCCGAUGACGGUGAAGGCCUACCUGCUGGGCAAGGAGGAGGUGACUCGCGAGAUCCGCCGCUUCGCCCUCGACUCGCCUGCCCGCUACCUGCCGAUACGGGACAAGAUCGCCGAUCUUUUCCAGGGGCUGCUUCGCAAUUCCGCAGCCGCCACGGGCGCCUUUCAGAUGUACUAUAAGGAUGAAGAUGGAGAUAUGAUUGCUUUUUCCAGUGAUGAAGAACUGAAGCUGGCCCUGCCUUGUGUGAAAGAUGGGAUUUUUCGCAUUUAUGUUAAGGAGAAAAAGGAGCUGAAGCGUGACCACCUGCACCGCCAAUCCUGCAGCCAGGAGCGCCCACCAAACAUGGUGCAUCCCAACGUGAUCUGUGAUGGUUGUGAUGGCCCAGUUGCGGGUGCAAGAUUCAAAUGCACUGUUUGUCCUGACUAUGACCUGUGCAGUACUUGUGAGGGAAAAGGUAUCCAUAAGGAACAUAACAUGAUUAUGUUUCAGAGUCCAUUGCUCCAUCCAUUUGAGUGGCUUCCCAGAGGUCGCUGGCUUCGUAAGAUGAAACAUGGUGUUUCACCUUUUGCAUGGAUGCAAGGCUGUGGUCACCCUUGUCCUGCCCGCAAGUGUCAAAACCCUGGCCAGGCACAAGGUAGCACUUCUCAGAGUGCUGCUCCUGAGCAAGCUUCUAGCAGUCAAUCUCAAGAUCCCAAUGUCACCUUUUUGAAGAAUGUUGGAGAAAGUGUUGCUGCAUUUCUGGGUCCACUUGGUAUUGAUGUUGAUAUUGAUGUGGAACAUGAGGGACAGAGGAGCAAAGUGUCACCUAGUACAGAACCUAGUUCUGAGAAGAGAGGUUCCAGUGACCAGACCGGACCAGAAGCAAGUACCAGCAGCAAACCAGCUGCAGAUGCAGAUACUCUUACAGACCAGCUGCAGGAAAUGGCAGUACAUUCUCCUGCUACACAGAUGGAAGAGGAGAACCUCUUGUCAGAGGAACCAGCUGAAUCCAGCAGCAGUUCAGGGGCAGAUGAGGACUGGACCCAUUUGUCUCCAAAGGAAGUAGACCCUUCAACUGGUGAACUGCAGUCCUUACAAAUGCCAGAGAGUGACAACCCAAGCUCUCUGAAUCCAGCUGAAGCUCCCACUAACACAGGACCAACAGGACUGCGAGAGGCCGCGCUCUAUCCUCAUCUUCCACCAGAAGCAGACCCCCGUCUCAUUGAAUCCUUGUCCCAGAUGUUGUCAAUGGGGUUUUCUGAUGAAGGAGGCUGGCUCACUCACCUGCUGCAUUCCAAGAACUACGACAUUGGGGCAGCUCUGGAUACCAUCCAGUAUGCCAAGCAAGCAAAAACUUCCAAAUAGCACCUGUGUAAUUCAUAAUUCUUAAAGCAAAUUGUUAAGGCUGCUGCAACUGAGUAGCCUACCUUUUUAUAUCUUUUGGCCCCUGCAAGGCUCUGAUUGUCUUUCCAUAUUCUAAGUUCAUACUAUCAAUAAAGAUUCGCAUUAACUUUCCCCGCUUAA